ACAGAAAUCUACUGCUGUUAGGGUUAAAUAACAAAAGCUAUAUAUAUAAACCUCUCAUAAUACACCAGUCCAUUAAUACACUGAGAAAUUUGAGUCUUCAAAUUUGAGUAUGGCGAAGCAAGAAGAAGAAUGGGGUUCGAUUAUAGAUCCUCAUAAAAUUGUGAUCAAGAAAUUUAUUGCGAGAGGUACUUACGGAAUGGUUUAUGAAGGUUUGUAUAAUGUGAAACAAGUUGCCGUCAAAUUAGUUGAUUGGGGCGAUGAAACUCGUCUGCCUCUACCGCAUAUCGCUUCGCUUAGAACUGCAGUCAAACAGGAGGCUUCCGUUUGGUAUCACCUUGAUCAUCCCAAUGUCUCUAAGUUGAUCGGCGCGGUAACGGAUAUAUCAGAAGAAGAACUGAAGGGUCGGUGCAGUCAUAGUGGGAUGCCGAUGAAGAUGUGUUGUUUCGUUACGGAUUAUUAUCCAGGCGGUACUCUGAAAUCCUAUCUCUGGAAGAGGAAAAGAAGGCUGCCUUUCAAGAAAUUUAUGCAAUUUGCUCUACAACUUGCAAGAGGGUUAAGCUAUCUGCAUUCCAAGAAUAUUGUGCACAGAGAUGUGAAGACGGAUAAUGUGUUGCUCGACAAGAAUCGGACUCUGAAGAUAACAGAUUUCGGAGUUUCGAGGAUUCAAGCUUUAAAUCCUAAUGAAAUGACCGGAGGCCUCGGAACUUUUGGUUACAUGGCUCCAGAGGUGUUCUGUAAUAAGCCGUAUGACAAGAAAUCGGAUGUUUACAGCUUCGGAAUCUGCUUAUGGGAGAUUUAUUGCUGUUCUCCCGCGUAUGGGAGUAUCACCUUCUCUAAGUUUACUGCUGUCGUUUAUGAGAAUUUAAGGCCGGAAAUUCCCAGAAAUUGUCCUGUUUCUCUGGUAAACCUGAUGAGAAGAUGUUGGGAAACCGAUCCAUGGAGAAGACCGGACAUGGAGGAAGUGGUGUCGAUAUUGGAGGCGAUUCAUAGUACCGAAGUUGUUGGACAGAAGCAGCCUAAGGGUUGCUUCUGCUGGAAUUUAUGAUCAAUGUUCAUUUACAUUGUAAUAGCAGUAGUUAGUUUAUAUACGAGACAUUAAUAGGACUCAGAAAUUAACAAACUCUGCUAAUUUAUACUUGUAUAUAUCAUGUCUGAAUAUAUUUUGUCUUUUUUAA